AUGCUUGGCUUCAACGUAACCCAAGUACGGUCAUUGUCUCCAGCUUUGGAUAAGAUUCAUCGGGUUGGCUGGAAGAGGCUGUGUGCUACAGGUCCCAGUAAUUUAAGAGUCAUCCAAACACCAACAAAAAUAAAUAUAUCAACUGGAGACUACACUGAAAUCACCUGUUUUUGGGAAAAAGAUAUUAUUAUGAGAUAUAGAGUAAGUUGGUAUCUUGUUAGUAAAGCAAACAUCACUGAAAGUGUAUCAUCAAAAGUUGUCUAUGUGUCCAACAUCACCUGUGAAAACAAGGAUGUGCUAGUCAUAAAGUCUGCCAAAGUAAAUGACACUGGAUUUUACUACUGUGAGAUGAUUAUUGAAAUACCUUUCUAUAAGAAACUAUGUGGAAAUGGGACAACAGUGAUUGUUGAAGAGAAAGAAGCUGACUCACCGAAAAAACCAGAUUUGGUAAUAUGGGCCAUCGUUCCUUUCUUAGUGGCAGUGGGAGGUUUGUAUCUUUGCUACAAAAAGAAACAGUUCUCCACACUCUCUGGUGCUGCACAACCUCUUGUGCUGACAGAAAGGCGUGAGGAGGAACAGAUGCUUGAGGUUGCAGAGCUUCAUGGGAGAAAUGAAUCUACCAGAGAAGCAGCUGAGGAAAACUCAUCAUGUAAUUCUGCUGAAUGGGCUGUGUCUACGCUGUAUGAAUCACUUGAAUUUUUUUGCAAUGAAUCAGGAGGAGAAGAUGACAAAUCCACUGCGACUAUUGUAUCCAAUGCAGCAUGUGAGCAAAUCCCACAAACUAGGGCAGCUGAAAACUCUAGAAUGAGACAAGGAUCUGCCAUCUACUUUGACAUUCAGAACUAAAUCAUAAACAAAA